UGAGUGUGCGCAGGGUCCUGCAGCAGCGUCAGCCACCCGUGGGAGCCGAAUCACCUACGACUUUCCGUCAACGCCCAGUCCACCGCGACCAGCCUCCGUCCGACCCAGUUUCCGGACGGGAUCAAUGGCUAUCGUAAGGGAUAUAAGAAUUGAGCCUGAUGAGGUUGUGUGGAGUUCUUUGCUCAAUGGUGCCAGGGUUCAUGGUGCCAAGGACUAGGCUGAAUUGGCACUGAGGAAGCUACUUGAGCUCAAACCUAAGAGUGUGGAUUAUGGCUUCAUGCUCGCAAAUUUAUACAGCGAGUAUGGCAAAUGGGAAGAUGUUGGGAAGGUUAGAAAGAGACUGAAUCAACUGGGUGGAAAUAAGUUGUCAGGAUGUAGUUGGAUUGAGGUGGAAAAAAGGGUUCACCAGUUUUAUUCCGGUGAUACAAUUCAUCCUGAAGUGGGGCAGAUUUAUGAGAUAUUGGAUGAAUUAGUUGAAUUGAUGGAAGCAUGAUUUUUUCUCUCCACGGCAUAAUUUCUGCAAAUAUAUAGCCUAAGAUACCAUUUUGCCAGAUAUUGGAGCGUUCAAUUGAAUCGUCAUUGCUAUGAAAGGGAAGAUUUUGGCAGCCAUGGCCAACAUUUUUAGUUAUGGCAACAACUUCAAGUUCCUGGUAAAUUCUUUGUAACAACCUUACAAGAUAAUUAAGAGUGUAGAUAUUCUAUGAUUGUUUUUAGGCGAAAAGCAAAUUCAUUCCUUUACAACACAUUGAAUUUGUUAAUAUCUUGCCUGAAGUUGUAAUCUAGGUAUUUUAUCUAAUUAUCAUUUCUUAGUCGUUUAGAACCACAGACAAUGUAUUUCAAUUUCUAAUCUUGUUCGUAAUCUCAGUCCUUGCUCAAAGAUAGACUUAAGAGAUGCUUUACUUUAUUUUCUAUCAUUUAAGUAUCAUAUUUCUGUCUGGUUAAAAACUGUUAUAUCAUGUAGGUGGAUCGCUGAAUAAUAGUUGUCCUUUAUUCACAGCCACGAGUUCAGGAAUGGCCAUGAACAGUGGAUCAGCUCUACUAAGUCUGUCCUAGAUCCAUUUAUCUCAGCACAAAUAAAUAGAUCGCUGGCCAAUAUACUUGCACUUGAUUGUUGUCAGUCUGCAAGAGAAGAGACAUGCUCAGCCCUAUAUUCUCUUCUAAAGGGCCUUUACCUUGUCGACUUGUCGUCGAUGUAGGCAGCCCAGAACCGAGCGAUGGCGCGGUUGUAGGGGUUGGCGGGGAGGAAGGAGGAGGAUCUGCCGUUGUCGAACCACUCCUUGUCGAUGUACUGGACAAUGACGGCGGACUCGUAGAUAGAUUUUUUGUGGUGGAGCAGCAGGGGAUCAUCUUGUAUACCGGGUUGGACUUCACCAGGAUCUUGCUCUUCGGCUCCGCUAACUGCACCUCCAUGAAUUCGUACUCGACUCUCUUGAGGCGGAGCGCGAUGAGAACCCUAAUGACGAAGGGGUUCAGCGGGUCACUCAAAACCUUAACGUCCUCCGCUGCAACUCCGGCCAUGGGACUACAAAUUGAUCCCGGUGUUGGUGAAUGAUGGCUGACUACAUCGUCGACAGUGGUUUAACUAUUUAUAGGCACAGGAGGUGAGAAGUUUUGACUAAUUGCGCUGUUUAUUGACAAUGGACUAUGGAUUUUGUA